CACUGGCGUGGCGCCCCCUGAUGGACGGCGCCCUUAGCAUUUGCCUAUACGGCCUAUGCCACGGGCCGGCCCUGCUUGUCGGCGUGAGUAUCCAUGUGAAGGCAGACUGCAGACUGGGAAACACCAGUCCUUCUUAGUCCUUCUACUCACAACAUAUAAGAAUCCAACUGGAACACGUCCUGUUACUGAGGUCUGUACUACGAAGCAGGAUUUGAUCUUAUCAAGCAGCAUGGAUCAGUGUGAGGACAGAGAGGAGGGAGUCCCUCCCUCUAAAAGAGCCAGAGAGAGCCAGACCACAGCUCAGAGGAAGAAACGAGGAACUAAACGUAAACAUCAACCUGAACCCAGCUGUGUGUCCUUAAAAAGUGAUGAGUCAAAGGACUUUAAUGUUGAUUUCAAAGAAAAUUCUUCUGCUGCAGAGAGAGUGGACCAGAAGAGUUCAAAGGUUCCCAUUGAUCAACCUGCCAAACACCAUCAGACACAUUUGGACUCUGUAUUUAUGCUACUGGAGGACAACAUCAUCACUUUUGUGAAGAAUGAGCUGAAGGAGAUCCAGAAAAUUCUAAGUUCAGAUUACCCAGAAUCCUUAGGGAGCCAGAAAGAGGAUGAGGAGGUCUUGGAGGGUGAAGAUAAAGAGGAGAACAGAAACAGCACAGAAGCAUUUUUGAAAAUCACACUGCACUUCCUAAGGAAACUGAAGCAGGAGGAACUGGCUGACUGUCUGCAGAGCAAAAUAUUUGCUCCAGAUUUUCGACAUGAACUCAAAUCUUCUCUGAAGAAUAAGUUCCAGUGUGUGUUUGAGGGGGUUGCUAGAGCAGGAAACCCAACCCUUCUGAAUCAGAUCUACACAGAGCUCUACAUCACAGAGGGAGAGACUACAGAGGUCAAUGAAGAACAUGAGGUCAGACAGAUUGAAACAGCAUCCAGGAAACCAGACAGACCAGAAACAACAAUUAAACAAGAAGACAUCUUUAAAGCCUCACUUGGAAGAGAACAACCAGUCAGGACAGUGUUGACAAAGGGAGUGGCUGGCAUUGGGAAAACAGUCCUAACACAGAAGUUCAGUCUUGACUGGGCUGAAGACAAAGCCAACCAGGACAUCCAGCUCAUAUUUCCAUUCACUUUCAGAGAGCUGAAUGUGCUGAAAGAGGAAAAGUUCAGCUUGGUGGAACUUGUUCAUCACUUCUUUACUGAAACCAAACAAGCAGGAAUCUGCAGCUUUGAAGACGUCCAGGUUGUUUUUAUCUUAGAUAGUCUGGAUGAGUGUCGACUUCCUCUGGACUUCCACAAAGCUACAAUCCUAACUGACCCUAGAGAGUCCACCACGGUGGAUGUGCUGUUGAUUAACCUCAUUAGGGGGAAUCUUCUUCCCUCUGCUCGCCUCUGGAUAACCACACGACCUGCAGCAGCCAAUCAGAUCCCUCCUGAAUGUGUUGACAUAGUGACAGAGAUCAGGGGGUUCAAUGACUCACAGAAGGAGGAGUACUUCAGGAAAAGAUUCAGAGAUGAACAGCAAGCCAGCAGGAUAUUCUCCCACAUCAAGACAUCAAGAAGUGUCCACAUCAUGUGUCACAUCCCAGUCUUCUGCUGGAUCACUGCCACAGUUCUGGAGGAUGUGCUGAGAACCAGAGAGGGAGGAGAGCUGCCCAAGACCCUGACUCAGAUGUACAUCCACUUCCUGGUGGUUCAGGCCAAAGUGAAAAAAGUCAAGUAUGAUGGAGGAGCUGAGACAGAUCCACACUGGAGUCCAGAGAGCAGGAAGAUGAUUGAGUCUCUGGGAAAACUGGCUUUUGAGCAGCUGAAGAAAGGAAACCUGAUCUUCUAUGAAUCAGACCUGACAGAGUGUGGCAUCGAUAUCAGAACAGCCUCAGUGUACUCAGGAGUGUUCACACAGAUCUUUAUAGAGGAGAGAGGACUGUACCAGAAUAAGGUGUUCUGCUUUGUUCAUCUCAGUGUUCAGGAGUUUCUGGCUGCUCUUCAUGUCCACCUGACAUUUAUUAACUCUGGAGUUAAUCUGCUGGACGAGCAACAAAAAUCAUCGCAUCAGUGUGAAACAGAUGAAUACUUCUAUGAGACUGCUGUGGACAAGGCCUUACAGAGUCCAAAUGGACACUUGGACUUGUUCCUCCGUUUCCUCAUGGGUCUUUCAAUUCAGACCAAUCAGACUCUCCUACAAGGCCUGCUGACACAGACAGAAAGUGGCUCACAGACCAAUCAGGGAACAGUUCAGUAUAUCAAGAAGAAGCUCAGUGAGAAUCUGUCUGCAGAGAAAAAUAUCAAUCUGUUCCACUGUUUAAAUGAACUGAAUGAUUGUUCUCUAGUGGAGGAGAUCCAACAGUCCCUGAGAUCGGGACAUCUCUCUGCAGAUAAACUGUCUCCUGCUCAGUGGUCAGCUCUGGUCUUCAUCUUAUUGUCAUCAGAAAAAGAUAUGAAUGUGUUUGACCUGAAGAAAUACUCUGCUUCAGAGAAGGCUCUUCUGAGGCUGCUGCCCGUGGUCAAAGCCUCCAGCAAAGCUCUACUUAGUGGCUGUGACCUCUCAGAGAGAAGCUGUGAUGCUCUGUCCUCACUUCUCAGUUCCCCGCCCAUUAGUCUGAGAGAGCUGGACCUGAGUAACAACAACUUGCGGGAUUCAGUAGUGAAGCUUUUGUCUGUUGGCCUCAAGAGUCCAUACUGGAAACUGGAAACUCUCAGUCUUUCAGGCUGUCUGAUCACAGAGGAAGGCUGUACUUCUAUAGCUUCAGCUCUGAGCUCCAACCCCUCAAAUCUGAGAGAGCUGGACCUGAGCUACAAUCAUCCUGGAGACUCAGGAAUGAAGCUGCUAAAGGAUCUACACUUGAGCCUGGACACUCUCAGGGUGGAGCCUGCUGGAGUCCGAUGGUUGACACCAGGUCUGAGGAAGUAUUCCUGUCAACUCACAAUCGACACAAACACAGUACACAGAAAACUCAAACUGUCUGACAACAACAGGAAGGUGACACAUGUUGAGGAGGUUCAUUCAUAUCCUGAUCAUCCAGACAGAUUUGAUUACCAGUAUCCUCAACUGCUGUGUAGAGAUGGUCUGACUGGUCGCUGUUACUGGGAGGUCGAGUGGAAAGUAGAGGUUCAAAUAUCGGUGAGCUAUGGAACAAUCCGAAGAAAAGGAGACAGUAAAGACUGUGUGUUUGGAAGGAAUGAUCAGUCCUGGAGUCUGUUCUCCUCUAAUGUUAAGGGUUACUCUGUCGUUCACGGUAACAGAGAAACAUAUCUGUACCCCCCAUCCUCCUCCUCCUCUGUCUCUAACAGAGUAGCAGUGUAUGUGGAUUAUCCUGCUGGCACUCUGUCCUUCUACAGAGUCUCCUCUGACACUCUGAUCCACCUCCACACCUUCAACACCACAUUCACUGAACCUCUUUAUCCUGGAUUUACAGUCUGGUUUCCUGGUUCCUCAGUUACUCUGUGCUGAGUUGAGUGUAAAGAGUUUCCUCCUGUUAGAGAAACGCUCUGACUGUUGAACAGAUAGUCUGUACAUGUCUGUCUCUUUCACUCAGAAACACGUUUUCAGAUUCAUGGAUUCAGUCAGUUAAUGUUUUAAACUGUUUUAAAUUAUGGAAUCACUGAACAGCAGUUACCCAAAAGAUGAAUUUACAAACUGCUCAGAGACAUUCACACAUUAUUGUCUAUGGUUACAAGUUUAAUGAGCAUCCAGGGCUCAUUGUGAUUUUUACUUUUGCUGUUAGAAUGAUGAAGCGAUAGCUAGACUUUAGCUAGCCUGUAAUGGCAUUAAAUGAUCCUUUAGAAAACAGUUAUAAAUGUAUUAGUUCUCAGCUUUGUACAUUGCUGAAUCAUUAUUUUGUCUUCCUGGUUUCCAGUUUUCUACUUUCAUUGUAAGCCUGUUCAGUUUCCAAUCUAAAAAUAAAACUGUCUGACUAGCCUGCA